ACUCGAUGCCCGAAAAGCGAACCGAUGUGAAGACUAUAACUUUUCUAUGCAAAGAGAAUGCUCUUGUCAUGGUAAUAUGAGGCCAUUAUUGACUCGAAGAACAUGUUUGUAUCCCUCUCAAUGUUGUCUCUUUCGUCAACAGUUGUUUGCGGCCUUAGAGGUACUGUAUCAUGUUAUGUCUAGCUUCAUAUUCUGCAUUCUUAAGAGUACGCCCCUACGCUCGCUUGAAUUUGAUGAUACAUUGUUUCCACAGAAUAUCCGGUCAACUUAUGAGUAAACUUUAGUAUGGACGGUCACUUGUGGUUAUCUUAUAUAGAUGUCUGGCAAAACUUGACGUGGAAAGCGCCGCGGCAUUGCGCACAGCACUUUCCACAUAGAAAAGCGG